AAAGGAGGAAGCAGUGAGCACUCGCGCGUGCGUGAGCUGGCGCGCGAGAAAGGGCCCGGUAGCGUCGAGGCUCGAGCGGCCGUCGCCAUUUUGUAGGGUUCGCUCUGACGCGGGAGCCGCUGCCGCCACCGCCGCCACCCGGAGGUGCGAGGGGUUCUUUGGCUCUUGUCAGGAUGGUGAAGCUGUUCAUCGGAAACCUGCCCCGGGAGGCCACAGAGCAGGAGAUCCGCUCUCUUUUCGAGCAGUAUGGGAAGGUGCUGGAAUGUGACAUCAUUAAGAAUUACGGCUUUGUGCACAUAGAAGACAAAACCGCAGCGGAAGAUGCCAUACGCAACCUGCACCAUUACAAACUUCAUGGGGUGAACAUCAACGUUGAAGCCAGCAAGAAUAAGAGCAAAGCUUCAACCAAGUUGCACGUGGGUAACAUCAGCCCAACUUGUACCAACCAAGAGCUUCGAACCAAGUUUGAGGAGUAUGGUCCGGUCAUCGAAUGUGACAUCGUGAAAGAUUAUGCCUUCGUACACAUGGAGCGGGCAGAGGAUGCAGUGGAGGCCAUCAGGGGCCUUGACAACACAGAGUUUCAAGGCAAAAGAAUGCACGUGCAGUUGUCCACAAGCCGGCUUCGGACUGCCCCUGGGAUGGGAGACCAGAGUGGCUGCUAUCGCUGUGGGAAAGAAGGGCACUGGUCCAAAGAGUGUCCAGUAGAUCGUACAGGUCGUGUGGCAGACUUUACUGAACAGUAUAAUGAACAGUAUGGAGCAGUUCGCACACCUUACACCAUGGGCUAUGGGGAAUCCAUGUAUUACAACGAUGCAUACGGAGCACUCGAUUACUAUAAGCGAUACCGGGUCCGCUCUUAUGAGGCAGUAGCAGCAGCAGCAGCAGCUUCUGCAUACAACUACGCAGAGCAGACCAUGUCCCAUCUGCCUCAAGUCCAAAGUACAACUGUGACAAGCCACCUCAACUCUACUUCUGUUGAUCCCUACGACAGACACCUACUGCCAAACUCUGGCACUGCUGCCACUUCAGCUGCUAUGGCUGCUGCUGCGGCCACCACUUCCUCUUAUUAUGGAAGGGACAGGAGCCCACUGCGUCGUGCUGCAGCCAUGCUCCCCACAGUUGGAGAGGGCUACGGUUAUGGGCCAGAGAGUGAGUUAUCUCAGGCUUCAGCAGCUACACGGAAUUCUCUGUAUGACAUGGCCCGGUAUGAACGGGAGCAGUAUGUCGACCGAGCCCGGUACUCAGCCUUUUAAAAACUGGAGGUGUGAACCUCAAAUGGACUGAAUAACCCUGAGUUGGUUGCAGUCCCAGGAGCCUGAUGUUAAUGAGGCUGCCAGGAUGAAAUACUCCAGAACUGUUGGGGAUCCAAAUUCGGGUCUCACCCUAGCAGAACUGAUCCAAGAACGUCACAACUUUUGAAGUCGAUUGGCACAGAUCAAGACCAAGAUUUGGCCCUUUGUCUGUAAUAAGUAGAGGAACUUGGUGUGAGUUAACUUUUUUUUUCCCCCAGCCAUUGGUGUCUGGAGUUCCCAUCAUCAGUAGAAGAAUUAGAGAAUUCUAGGAGUGAUUUCUUCUUUUGAUUUGGCAAGGGAGAUUUGGUCAAUUAGGGGAACUACUGGAACUAUGACUCUAACUCCGUGAGUGUGCUGACAUGUAGGUGUGUUGGAAUCGGGUGAAUGGCUGCUCCUUGAUACCCUACCCUUGUGACCAUCAUUUCUGAAAGCUUGUUUACUGUGAAAGAUUAAAACAAAACAUUUAGAAUAGUGCAGUUGGCCACAUAAGACAUCUCAACAUCUUCUGUUUUCCUGGACCCCAAAAUUAAAUUGCAGUUCUUGAUAAUGUAUAUAUGCCCUUUGUUGCAGCAACAGUAGACUUCUGUCACAGGGGUUAUCUUGCCUAAAAGGUGGAUAAGAAAGAUUUAUCACCAACACAUUCUUCAGCUAGAUUGCAUCUUGUCCUAUAUAUGUACCCAUAAAUAGAUUCCUAUAUAUAGCUAUUAGACUCCUAGGUAAUUACAUGGGAUGUGAGUUAGAUCCAGUCUGACUUGGUUUUGUUUUCUUCUUUGUCCCCCCCCUCCCCCAAUACAGGACGUGACCCAGGGCCCUUGUACUCGGAGCCAGGCUGCUCUCCAGGCAUUGUGUAAGCCUCUUGUGUUGUGCUCUCUUUCAGGUAGGAUAAUUGCGGACUGAACCCUCGGGCUGCGGUCAUAUAUGAGAACUUGCUCCGCGCGGUCCCCUUUGCCGGGAUGUUUCCAUUGCUUCAUGUUUCAGUAAACAAAAGGAGUUUGUGACCAACUAUGUUUUCUUUCUUAAUUCUUCUAAGUUGACUUUUCUUUCCUCCUGAUACUAGUCUCUGUAGCCUUUCACUCUGUUCCUUAUAUUCUCAGGCUCUGAGCAGCCCUAGGUAAGGAUUAUGCUGGCAUCCCCUUUUUCCUGUGCAGUGGAACCCCUCUUAUCUUGCUUUCCCUAGGAGUUGAAUCCUUCUCCCUGUCUACCUGCAGCAUCUCCUUUCCCUUUAAAAUGACCAUGUAGUGGCAAGCAGCCUUUUACUCUCCUCUGUUAGCUCUGGACUCUAACAUUGAAGUUAAAUCUUCUGAAAUUGGUAGGACCAUUGGGGAUUUUGUUUUGUUUUGUUUUGUUUUUUAUUGUCUGACCUGUGAUCGUGGUACAGCAUUAGCUGAAAUUUAGCCUUGUUUUACUCCACUCGUUCCCUUUUUUAAAAUUUUUUGACAAAUAAACAUUUCUAACACU